AAAACAAGUGCGAAGGGUCCUACUUUGCGAUGUUCUACACAUCUUCUUGUAGGAGAAACGUUUCACCAUCUUCACAUAGGAAAGGCGCACCACCAUCGGUCUACUCUCAAUGAAUGCAAUUCUUCUUCUGCACUAUUGCGUCUCCUGCCCGAGACUGAGAGCAGCAUACUUAGGCUGUCUCGGUAACUCGGUUCCAUCGUGACAUAAUCGGUCUUGUUGUCAGCCUAAAAAAAUCGGUCUUCUGGUUGUCACCUGGCUGUCUAAAUCCGAUAAUCGGUUCCCUUCGUCUUGCUCUUGUUGUUAUCGGUAUGAUUGAUUCUCGUCAACUACGUUACCCCAACCACCUGCUCCUCUCUUCGGUCCCCUAAGGAUUUUGAUUGGAGUUAUUGAUUCGCUAUGUCACAUGAAAAUGAAUAGUUCCGCAUCAAACACCAACGUCACUUGAGCCACAACAUGUCUUGAUCCACCAGCUCUAGGUCGUUUUUUUGGCUCUCCAGUCCGAAAUAGAAGGAGUCCCUAGACGAGAAAAAUGACGACCUGUAUCUUCGUAAAUGGUCUGAUUGACCACGUCUUGCGGAAUCCGAUUCACUACCCGGGACCGCAUAAUCAGUACUUCUAGAAACACAUUUUAUCUAAUUGGCAUUGGCUUCUUCCUUUUCAUAAGGUUGGGGCUUCGGCUUAGGUCCAGCGGCGCUCAAAGCACUCAAAUAAAACAGCCGGUUAGUUUUUACCUCUAGAAACUUAGCGCUUCCAACAGCGACUUUAUCUAAAACCACGAGCAGCACGAUCACGGCGUAUUAUACUCAUGAUCCCUCUUCUUGUCAGGUGUUCUUCACGUAGAAAUUAGCUAACACCUAUGUGACACCCACGAACACGUCUCUUGGCAAAAAAACCUCUCUUCAGCAAAAGCAUCCGCACGACUCGCGGACUGCCGCAGUUGGAGCCAUGGCGUCAGCUCGAAUUGAUCUGGGAAGGUGUGGGACGUUUUGUCAAGAUGACCAUUGAAAAAGGACAGUCGGUCUACAUCUCGAAGUUUGGCACUAUCUCUUUCCGAUCCACGUUGAAGGACGCGCAGACGAGACACUCACGCAGACUCAUCUUGGAUCCUUAUUUUCAGGUACCGUGUUGCUAUCUCUUCACCUACUUUAUCUUUGAGAGAUUUCCAUAUCCAUGAUCCUCGACGGACGUAGAUGAAGUUCUUCUAGUGCAAUAGUGAAGUAGAUUUUAAACAAAAUGACUGCAAGAACGAAUUUCUUGAAACAAAAUCCAGUAAAGGUUAGUGAUUCCUUUCUACUAAUUCUAAUACUACAACUAGGAGGCUUCCGGAUUAUGAUGCUUAAGGCUAUUUUUUAAGUAGAUUCUCUCUUUCUCUUCUCUCUCUGCUCCAUUAACUAAACCCUCUGGCACUUGUCUCACGCUUAAUCCGUUAUGAAAACAAAAUCCACUACGACUACAUCAAUUCACCAAACUACACAUCCAGCCUUGCGACGAGAUGAAGGAACACCUCACGAAAAAGCCAAUCAAGGUUGUCACCGAAAAAGGCGCGCCGCCACUUGGUGUGUACGAUAUUCCUGCAAGAUUGUGCUAUCUCAAUGAGAAACCGAUUGCGGCUGUUUGCUACCUGCCUCUCUCAGUUGUCCACAGUGGCAUCCGCAAUAUGUUUCAGGCUAUCUUGGACCUCACCGCUAGAGGAUACCCGUUGAAACUCGAGAUGAAGGAUGUGUGCGAGGUACUCCUGUCAAUUGGAAUGUAGUCACAAUUCUUGAAUAAUCCCUAUGUGACUUCUUGUUCUCCCCAAACAACGACAACCACGCAUCAAAAUUCAGAUCUGUAUCGAAGACAGAGAUUUCAGUUACGAGUUUUCUCCGUUGGUGUAUUCUGCUGCAGCGUUGCACGGAGACAAAUUUUUGGGCAAAAUCCAUGAACCGCGCAAAACUUUGCAACAGUUAUGAUUGGAGCUUUGAUCAUUGCGAUUGUGACUGCUACAAGAUUGUGCAGUGGUUGUUACUAGAAAGAACUAUCUUUUACGUAUCUCUAAAUCUAUCCGUAUCACUGACCAAAUUGAAGAGCUCCUUGAGACCGGAUUCGCGCGAAGUGUUGCGGAAGCGCGCCUACACGACACUGCUCCGAGACUACAGUGGCGACCUCAACACCAUCAGUGGCAUUCGCGCGCAGGCACCGAGGGAUCCCUUGUAAGUCUAACUGACUCGUGGAUGGAAGGAGUAAAGAAGGAGAGGGAACUACUUGAGGCAGGAGAAGUUGUAUCCGGACUAUGGCUAAGACUGACUAUCUAUCGAUUACAAUAACAAAUAUCAUGAACAGCAUUGAAUUACUUACAAAUCUAUUCUAACAGUCCAUAUUAGAACAUUAUAUUGGCAAUAUUUUGACAAGCUAAGACUACUUCUUCAGGAGAUUACAUUCCUAUUAUUCACCAGUCUCUUUGAGAGCGCACCCAAUAGCAAUAUUGGGGGCUUGAAAUUCGUUGAUUAAAAUUUUCUUUUAUACAUGGACCCGACUGGUCCGAUUUUGUGAAGACACUGAUAUGUAUUGCAGCAUAACGAUAAAACGCGGAAUCUACUAACUAAUUCCAACAUUAAUAUAUCUACAUCUUCAACAUAUCUACAUCUUCUAACAUCGCGUAUACAUUAACGCAUACUAUGAGCUUGGCAUGACUUUGACUAAUAUUGAUCACGAAAAAGGACUAGCUCGAAACUAUCUACUACGCUUACGCAUAUUAUUCUCCCGCAUAAUAUCUAUGAACAGCAAAAAGCAUACAGUUGACGACAUGAUUUGAAUGCAGUGAUCCGUACUAUGAUGGAAUUGAAUGUUGACUACAAACUAGAUUGCGAAUAUUAACUUGAACAGGAAAGCGAUUUCACAGGACGUAAUUGAGCUGGUUGUACAGAUACGAACUACUACCCAGCAUCCAUGAUAAAGAGAACGUACUAGUACAACUGUAG